CUCCAAUUCUGGUGAAAACCUGUAGUCACUGCAACUGGACACGACGUCUAGCACUAUGGCGGAAGUGUCUUCUCCGAUAGUUAAGUACAGACCUGAGUGCUGAAAACUUCCUCAAAAAGAUGAAGUCCUCGACACUCAACGGUUCUUGUUGUUUGUUGAUUGUUCUGUAUCUGGUCAAAACGUCCUAUGUGCAUGCAUUAAGCACUCAGAGAUCUACAGUCGCUAAAGUUCGUGAACCUGUUUAGAAUCAUGCAAACUUUGUCGUCUCUGCAAUCUUGUCUUUUCAAGGUCUGAGAACCCUCUAAAAAGUAUAACCGUUCCCCACUUUCCUCUUCCUACGUUCAAUGAUCAGUGGGGAAUCAGGCCCCAUCUCCCACCCUAAACUCCCAAGCCUGUCUCAGAGCAGGCCACAUUUGUGUUUUGCCUUUUAUCCAACGUAGUUACUUAUUUUGCCUCCUUGUUAGAGUGAAUUCUCUGAAUUAUUAGGACCGCCCAGCAUUUGAUAGAUCAUUCCAUUCUCGAGUUCUCAAGACGUUUCCGUUCCCCUGACGAAGUCGAUGUCUCCGUUUAACCAAAAAACCAGUAGUAUAAACUAGGACCCACUUAAUUGAUGCCAUGCCUGAUUUUAGGAAACUUACUUUUACCUCCUCCUCAAUUAAGGAAUUGCAUGCUCUCGCGCCUGAACUGAAGCAUGCAAUUUGCUGUAAUGCAUGUGGAGAAUCAAGAUUGCUAAGCUUAUGUAGCCAAUUACUAAAAUUACCCGGGACAAGCGAGCCAGGCGUGCUGUAACAAUGGUCUACUGUAUAAGAUCUUACUUCCUUGUCUGCCAGCAAUGUGCAGCUGCAUCUCUUUUUUCAACUUUCUAACAAGUCCAUUUGACCAAGGUUUGUCUUUUGUUGCAGUAAGGGACUUCAUGUGCAUGUACUAGACUGCAGCUGUACUCCAUGGUCCGCUAUUCAAUGCACGUGCAUGCCACCAAGCUAUUCGCUUCGACGUGCCUUCUAAUUACGGUGAACAUGGAGGUAACACUGCCAUCAGGUCCAAACUCAAGGUGGGAUAACCACAGGAGAGUGAAAGUUGGCUAAACUGCUAAGGCUCCACAAGUUUGAGGGUUGUCACGAAGGAAAUAUGGGCACGCCUGAGACUGAGAUAAGAUUUCGAGAAACAUAAAAUAUAUUAGACGAGAAACCUUACUGAAUCAGUCUUGCCAUAUGCGGACUUGCAGAUGGAAAAGGUCAAUGGCAUAUGGAAUCUGCUAUCUCGCGUAUCCUUCAGGCGUUUCUCAUAAGAUUAUAUAUCAUCUUCCUGAACGCUGUAGUUACUAUUUAUCUGCUUGGCAAGCAUUUACCUGUUUACUUAUGACAAGCCAAAUCUUUGUCACCUUCCUUGACCAUACAAGAAGUCCUCUACGGCUGUUUGGCAGGUGUCUCAUUAUGACCCCAGUGUUCUAUAGAUUGAAGCUACGCAGAACUGACAAACCCCCGCAGCCUAAAAUUUCAAUUGAAAUCUCGCCCAACAACUACGAGCAUGACAACUACGAACCGUUGGGUCUUGUGCGACACCUUCGAUUGUACUAGAAGUUUGAAGGCUGUCUCAUUGGACAGAACAUAAGAACCGAUUCAUGAGUAUGUGAGUGUGCAGCAUGUGCAGCCGAAAGCCAUGCUCUAACGGCUCCCCAUGAUCGUUCACAACAGCUCGUGUGGCGAACCAAGAGAACCGUCUGAGGCUCUGAGGCUCUCGAGAUCAUGGGUACAGCAGACUGGCGGGCUCCUUCUUGCACUGAUGUACGUUCGAAGCCUCAGUGGCAGUCAUCAUUGCAGUCCUUUGUCUCUUUGUUCGCGAAGGAUCUUCGGACGCUAUUGAGUUCUAGACCCAUAAUCAGCCACGGCCGAUGCACGGAAAGCUGAGGAACCUCUCGAGUUGCUUCAGAAAUCGGGGACCGGGUCCUCGGUAGAUUUAUGGACCCCUACGACACAUUUGUAGACAGCAUGAAGAUGUGUCUGAUAGGCUUUUGAAGUACAGAGUUGCGAAUCGUCUUCCUUUUUUAGGAGAUCAGAUGUCACUGGUAUGAUGGACAAGUCGGCAGUGAAAUUCUUCGACCAAAAGUACAUGUCUUUUGUGCGUCAAUCCAUCAUGCCCUCAGAUUUCGUUCCAUCUGGACGCCGGGCAUUCCCUUACUUGAUUGAUGCCUCUGGAUGUAGAUUUUAUCCCAUCCAAAUCGAUUCUCAGCUGCCAUGGCCUACAAAACUGGAACUUUUAACAGACUUUAGGCGAUCACGAUGAACUCGAGGACGCAUCGUGAGACAUGCAUACCACUUAAUAAUGUGAGUAGAUCUAUCCGGCUAUCAUGUUCCUCCAAAUGCCAGGCGACAUACUUUAGCACCAGGACCAGAUGCGUCCUGUUAUCUACAUGGAGCACAGGAGUCUGAAACAAACUAUUUCACAAUGCUAAUGGGUGUGAAUCAGUCCUGUGUCUGAGAUUGUGUCACCGACAAUUCGAAACCCAUUACAGUCUAGAAUUCACAACCCCGUUUCUUGCUGGAUGACAGAAAUUGGAUCAAUGGAGGUUCUCUAAAUUUUACAAUAUCGACAGCCUUUGAUUAGGAAGGCCACUGAUGAGUGUUAAGGCUUUACAGGUGCACAAGCUGGGUACAGCUUGUGCUGUUGAGGCACAAAUGAAGGCCUUCGUAUCAUGGGAAGUGCUAGUAGUCCAACCAUUAGUCGCAGGCUUGAAAUAAUUUAUGUGUGUCUAUCACGAUGUCAUUGACCUCUUGCUUGACUAAGUUGACCCCUACUUAGGUCCAUCACCCAUUCCUCUUCUACCUAUACCAGAAGCAAGCAUGAGUUGUUCUUGAAAAGAUUUCAAAAGACUGGAAGAUCACCUGCGGUCGAUCUGGAGCUUCAGAACGUGAGACACAAAACGACACAACUAGAAAUCUACUCCUGUUCCAGUAGCAUGAUAUGCCUGAAAAGAAAGCCGUCAAACUUUUCUUGACUUCUCAGAAGCUUUCUGGCAGUGUGUUGCCAGGAGUGACCCUCUGUACACCUAAUGUCGGCCCCACCCCAGCAAAAAUUAACUUGAUUCACUUGUUAAAGCAUUGAAGUAACUAGGUGUUACUUAUGAUUUACUUAUUUACUACAUCCACGUUGCUGGUUGCUAGAAGGAGCUACAUGUUGAUCAUGACGUCUCGCUGCACGUAAAUCCAGCAAUUUCUUGCUCUUUCACUCUGCUUAGUGCGAAUGACAGGGUGAUUAUCAGUACUAGUCUGAAUUCGUAUUUUCUUUUAAAAAAUAGACGCUUAGGUGUUGAUUAAUGGUCAACUUUCAUUCAUGACUCAAACAUAGCUGUUUAGAAAGCCUGAGUGUCUCCGGUGUCUGAGUCUCAGGUACAAUUUUCGAGAAAUGUAGACUGGAUGAUGAUGAUGAUGAGAGACCUUGGAAAGUGAAGGAAACCUCCGGACCCCACCGGUUCUCUCUCCUGGCUAGCGACCCUUAUGACGAAAACCUGUCCAGUAUUUUCAAGGAUGUACAAGGUCGAAUUGUACCCAAGUUCGGCUUUUGAAAUCGUGAUUCUCUACGGGAUCUCGAAGUGAUCGAAACGACAGUGAACUCGUGCAGAGAA